AUGGCGCACCUUCUUUCCGCCUCGUCCGAGACGCCUAAAAAGGGCCGCUCUCGCUUCUCAAAGGCCCUCCCAUCCGUGCCCGGCCUCCCCCGCGAGCCCCGCCAGCCGCCUCAGCUGCCCUCGCUGCCCGCGUCUCCGCGCCCGCCGAAGCCGCCGGCCAAGGAAGGAGAAGAGGCCGACGACGACGACAGCGGCGGCAAGACGGUCAAGGGCAGCGUCAGCAGCAGCAGCAGCAUCGCACGGAAGCCCGUCGCCGUCGAAGCGCCGCCACAGCCGCCCCAGCCGCAAGCCGCCGCGGCUGCCGAGGCGCCGCCGCCCGAGCCGUUGCUGCUGCAGCCGCCGGCAAACCCGCUGCAGUACAUGGCGCCGCCGUCGCCGUCCGACUCGCUGUCCAGCCUGCUGUCGGCCUACUCGCGCAUCCCGGACGAGCCGCCGUCGGGCGGCAGCGCAGGCGCCAGCACCGCAACCACCACCAGCAUGUACUGUGCCUCUGAAACGUCACUGUCGCCCCCACCGGCUGCUGCUGCGCCCAGCAAAGCACAGCCCACCCCCCCCCGGCACCAUGCAAAGCUGCCCCCGCCUCCGCCUCCUCCACCACCACCUGCCCAUGACGCCGACCAUGAUGACGACAAGCAGCAACUCCUACAACCGCAACAACAACAACAACAACAACAACAACAACAACAGCGACACCACCACCACAAUCAACCAACCCCGUCCCCCCCCUCCGACCUAGCGGCGCCCAAGUCGGCCCCCCAGCCCGAAAUCUGGCGCCGCCGCUCCGUAAAGACAGACACCAGCCGCGCCCAGCUGUCCGGGCUCACGCUCAACCACAGCCACGGCUCGACGGCCUCGACGGCGCCCUCCCACGCCGGCCCCGAGCCCUUCUCCCUGCCGCGCAAGCCGCUCAACAACCCAGCGUCGCCCCCGUCGCCCCCGCUGCCGCCGCCGCCGCCGCAGCAGCCACGCACCCCGUCACGGUCUCCCGUCGUCGGCUUGCCUGGCCGUAACGUGCGGCCCGCGGCCAAGCAGCAAGCGUCGCCGCCGCCACAGCAUCAGCAAGUAGCCGACGCCCAAGCCAUGGGGAAUGCUCCGUCGUCGCUGAGCCAAGUCAAAAACGCCGUGCGCCGCAACCGCUCUUCCGUCGACGGUGCCACCACCAAGACUAGCCGCACGCCCCGGCCGGGUGCACAGCGCCCCCCGACCCCUGAGUAUCACAAGGAAGAUGUCAAGACAGCGCCCCCCGUUGACGUCUUUGUCUCUCCCGUCUCCCCCGCGCCUUCAGCGUCGCCCAAGCCUGCUCAAACAGACUCUGGUCCCAAGACAGCGCCCCGCCACCAUUCAUCCGAGCAGCCGGAGCGAGCCCCCAUCCCGAGGAAGUCGCUGCCGUCGGCGCUCCCGAGUCUGCCCGCCGCUACGAGCCUCCCGAAUCUCCGCGAUGCACUCCAGUCUCCGGCAAGCGGCCAGCCCCCUUCGGCCCGCCAGACGUCUGUCAAACUCACCGGGACCGGCCGUCCAAGAGAACCCGCCCUGCGAAGCCCGUUGUCGGCGACGUCCGAUGCACCGCUGUCCGCCGCAGCCCGCGCUUCCUCGGAGACGCCAGGUCCUCAGUACAGGGGCAGAGACGGCACUCUGUACGCCGAGAUGAGGGUGACGCGGGAGACCGACCCAAGGGCCACCUACUUCCCCGUCCAGACAGACAGGCCGUACGCCGCAGGCACCGUCAUAUCCGCCCGCCCGCCCAGGAACUCGCACUUUAACUGCUACCAGAACCACAGAACCAUGAACCGUCGCUCGAACCGCAACUGCCCGCUCACCUGCCAGACGUGCGACAAGGCAGACACCGAGGAUCGAUGGGUGUGCACCUUUUGCCACCUGCGCAUCUGCGACUCGUGCAUGCGGGUGCUCAACGGGCAUCAGAGGGUGUUGCGCCGCUUGGUCGACGAGCUGGCCGUCAACACGCCGCUUAGUUUGUCCUCCAUGUCCCGGCCCGGAUCCGCCCUCGGGCUGCAGGCGGGCAAGUCUCCGUGA